GCUGAUGUGGCAGACCUGCAGUUGUCAGCGGCAGCUGCCGAGCAGGACGCGGCCGCCGUGCUGACCGCGUCGGCCGCGGCCCCACGCCACGCGGGCGCGCAGCAGCAGCAGGAGCCCGCAAGCACCAGCGGCCGCGGCGCCGCGUCCGCGCCCGCGCCGCCGCCCGCGCCGCUCGCGCGC